AUAACCUAUAAAAUAUUCUAAUCUAGAAUAAACAAAAGCACUUUAUUAUUUAUUGAAGUAUUCUACUGGAAUAUAAGAAGAAAAGUUUGAUAUAUUAAUUUCUAAUAUGGCUCACUAUAAGGGAGCAGCCAGCGAGGCUGGCAGAGCAAUGCACCUUAUGAAAAAAAGGGAGAAGGAAAUGCAAGAUUUGGAAAUAAGAAAAAAGAAAAUCGAGGAUGAUUUGAAGAUAAAUAAUAUUGAAUCGAAAUUUGCUGCACAUUACGAUGCCGUAGAACAACAACUCAAGAGCUCAACCAUUGGUUUGGUUACUUUGGAUGAAAUGAAAGCAAAACAGCAAAAUAUACUCAAGGAACGAGAACAGAAAUUGGCCCUCAAACAAGCAGAAAAAGAAAAAGAGAAGUUGAGAAAGCUUCAAGCUAAGGAAGCUGAAAGGAAUAAACGCAAAAAACAGAUCAAACUCUUGUCAUUUGAUUUGGAAGAUGAUGAUGGAGACGAAGACGAUAACAGCGAGGAAGAAACUAACGAAGAAGAGAAAGAUGAAGAAAGUAACGAAGUGCUGAAAGAUGAAGAAACAAAUGAAGCAAAAAGAAAAUCUUGGAAGAAUACUGAGGAUGAAUCUAGAACAUGGAAAAAAGUAAGAAAGGAUCCAACUGUUGAUACGAGUUUUUUACCUGACCGUGAAAGAGAAGAAGCUGAAAACCGAUUAAGGGAAGAAUUGAGGCAACAGUGGGUAGAACAACAAAAAAAAUUGAAAGAGGAAGAAAUUGAAGUGACAUUCAGUUAUUGGGAUGGUUCAGGUCACAGAAGAACAGUGCGAGUUAAGAAAGGUAACUCAAUCUACCAGUUUCUUCAAAGAGCAUUGGAAUUGUUAAGAAAGGAAUUCAUGGAACUGAAAACUGUCAGAGCUGAUCAACUGAUGUAUGUUAAAGAAGAUCUGAUACUUCCACAUCAUCAGACUUUUUACGAUUUCAUUGUGACAAAAGCUAGAGGAAAAAGUGGUCCAUUAUUCCAGUUUGAUGUCCAUGACGAUGUAAGAUUGUUGAAUGAUGCAUCAAUUGAAAAAGAAGAUUCACACGCCGGUAAAGUUCUACUUAGAAGUUGGUAUGAGAGAAAUAAGCACAUUUUUCCUGCUAAUAGGUGGGAACCCUAUGACCCUACAAAAUCUUAUGAGAAAUACACAAUAUCUGAUAAAAAUAAGUGAGGUUCUCAGUAAACUCUAGAAAUGAUUAUUGUUGUUCCGCAUUCACUCAUUGAGUAUUAUAAUUCGUUAAAUAGAAUAGAGGAGAUUCUAUGAAAUAAGAUGUUUCAAUCAGUUUUAAGAACUUAACAUUUCAUGAACUGAAUGUAGUUGUAUCUCUUGAGUUUGUGCAGAUUCUUGAAUAAAUAUUUUUAUUGUU